CUUUACAGUUCAUUGCGCCUGCAUAUGGUUAUUAGUUUUUUUCUCCUGAGCAGUCAGUCUGUCGCAUUCAUCUUCAUCUUCUUUUCUAGUUUAAUAUAUCUUUGUGAAUUUUCUGGUUUUGGAUGCAAGCCUUUGAACAGGAGGAGAUAUCUUCUUGAAUGAUCAAUAUUCCGUCAACAACAACAUCAGUAUCAUUCAAUCCACUAGAACAUUCCGAAUCUACAACUGAAACCAGGAUGUCAUCGUCGGACGAUUUGAGUUUGAUGAAGGGUGGCACGCCUUUGCUGGCGUCGCCCUUCGGAGCCGAACUUGAAAUCUUCUUCUUUGUCCUGUCAGAGGACGAUAGUAGGGUGAACUUCGUCCCGAAGCGGGAGCUCGAUCGCUAUGCUGACGGGGAAAUGCUUGAAAGCGAGAUCGCGAGUCGGUGGCGCAGCUUCCGUAUCGCGAACGAUCUUGCCGACGUCGUUGGGGAGCGACCCCACACUUUCGCUGAGCAGGGCGAAGAUACGGGUGAACGGGAAGGAAGGGGAGGUACUAGAGAAAAUAGUUUCUAAUGUCAUACUUCUCAUAGUAGAUGUACCUUUUUUAGUGUUUAUGCCCGUCAGAAGCUUCAGUAAUAAAGUUCCCGACUUUUUCCUUCGGGCCCGUUCCGACCAUCAUCUCGUUCAUAGAUAAUCGGCAUUUACCUACACGGGACGAAGCUGCAGUGUCUUUGAAAUAUGCGCAUUUUGACCUACGUUAUUGUCUGAUGUCGACUGUCGACUGCCUAAUAUCCUCAUUGCUGUUCGAGAUCAAAGUUGCUCUCGUACUUACAGCAGGUCGCGCCUCGACUUCUCGAUCUCGUUCGGUUUCUCCUCGAUAUGGAACUCCCGGGACGUCCUUGUAUACCAUCACGUUGCGGUUCCAGAAGGGUGGCGAAAUCCGACUGGUUUGUUCUACUCCUGUGGACUUCUUCACUUGGUACAAUGGCCUAAAGCGCCUUCUCGCAGAUAGCGCAGCGACGAAGACACGCGCUUUGCGGACCACGAGCGUCCUCAGAAAUAUAGGCAGAGUGAUGGACAACAUGGUCGACCAAGAGGACGACACUUCAGCGUCAGAGGACGAGCCAGUACCAAGAUUUUGCAAUCUAGCUCUCUGCAAUGUUCUUUUGCUUGUUCCUUCUUCGACAAACUCCACGGUUGAGAUUGUAAAGCGAUGGUGAGUUUACUUAUAUCAAAGAAGAAUCUAUAUAAUUGGAUUACUUGAUUCUUUUGUAUUUUUGUUUCCUAGUUAGGUGUGCUCCACCGAUAUAUCAAAGAAGAAGAAAAAGAAGAAGAAGUUCUCAGUAGGUGGACCAAAUGCUGUAGUGCGGGAUCCUGAUCUUGAACUUUCAUCAGAUUCCUACCGCGCCGGUUUUAUCGCUGGCUGAUACGAUAAUGAUGGAGAACGCGCAGAUCAGAGCUGACUUGCAACGAAAAGAGCAAUUGCUAGCGCGCUUGGAUGCUCUACGGGGUGAUCAGACGACCGCCCGACGGAUUCAUGAGGAAGAGUACCUUCGUGAUGCGGGGGAGGGGGAAAUCGAUCAAAAGAACAAUUCGAGUAGCAGUAGAUCAGCCGAAAAUCUUCUUUACAAGGAUGCUUUACUCGCCGAAGCAGGAGGUGAGAAGAUCAUUGGUACAGCAUCUUCACGUGCGCAAGCACUGAUUGCUGCUUUGGAAAAAGAGCAUCACGACAAGAUCGCACAGAUCCAGGCACCCUUGAGGGAGUUUCUCGAGAAGCAAGGGAAGGAAAAGGCCACGACGAGCCGUGCGGCAGCUUUAAGCUCCAGUUCCUACACUACAACAACCUCUUCAGAGGGGGACGAGGAGGAGGAAGCGCAUAAAGCAGGACAGUCUGGAAAUGGAAGCAACAACUAUAGAACUACAACAUCGAGUAGCAAAAAAGAUCUUCCGUUUACGUACAACGGGAGUUCAUCUUCCCCUGGCCCGCCAAGUAGACAUAUGUAUCCCGAUCUUACCGGGGCAGCUGCGACCGGAAGAGAAUCAAGCCCUCAGGACUCUCAGUCUCCGUCGACAUCUUCCGCUAGUGAGGAACAGAGCGAGAUGGACGAGGUGGAAGAGCAAGCAGUGAUGGAAAAAAUCUUAGAGAAUAUCAAAGCUCGCAAGUUCAGAGAGCAGCAACAAGAACAGCGCCAGUCGGAGGGUGUGGAUCUCGACGACAUCGUCGGAGGAGCAAGGGCCGCGGCAUUGUCCUCGUCAAUACAUGCGGGACCGACGACAAGCGCGACAGCACCCUCGUCCAAGUCACCUGUAGGUAUCCUGAAGAAGAAAAGAGAGGUGACAAUAGCAAAAGAUGUAGUCGGUCAGGACGAGCUGGAUCGCUACCAUGAUGAUGUUGAGUACAACAAGAAGAGCAAUAGCACAACGUCUUCAGGCACCUCAGCAGAGGACGAGGACGGCGGACUUUCCAGCAGUCGCAUCCCCGGAGAUAUACCACCAAGCAACUCCUCAAUCUACGGUUUACUGUCCGAAGAAAGAAGACUGAAGGAGCAAAUGAGUAAGCACAUGCAGAAGUACUGCUAUCCUUCCGAGAGGUUUCUGCAAGUCGAGGGCGAAGACUCAGUGAGCAGUAGCGAGGAUGAAGGAAUUGUUCAGCAAGUAGCCAACUCUUCCAAGUGGGCGAGUGCUGCGACAGCAGCCGCAGCAGCAGCGGCAGCAAAUAAGAACGCUGCUAGCGUGUUUCCACCACCGGAGAAGGACUCAGACGAACUUGAGUCGAGCGACUCAUCCGAGAGCGAGGGAGCGUCAGCCUUCGCCGCUCGAGUAGAAGAGAAAUUCAGCUCCAGCUCGAAGCCUAGCAAGCCAGGUCUAUCUGCGUUUGCAGAUCCUGCGACAAAAAAGGCCGCAUUCAGGAAGACUGCUCCAUCAGACGAGUUCGUCUAUGGAGAGCACGAACCUGGAAGGUAAGGUCUCCAUACCGUUUUUCUUAUGCAUGUCCUUCACUGAUUCUGAUGUGUGAUCUGCGCCGUACUCGUACUCGAUGGAGGAGUUGUAGAUCGCGAUACAUUAUGGAAAUUGCAUCUCUACGUGUUAUAUAUUUGAAUUUAUGAAAUCCUAGCACAAACUUGAGCCAAGACUUAGUAACAGUUUCUCGCAUAUUAUAGCAUUAGGCACCAUCGUGAUUCUUUCUUCAGGUUUUCGUUUAAGAAGAGGGCUAGCCAGCAUUGCAAAUUGGACACUCGCGAUUCUGUAGGGGAUUCGUCUGCAACAAAAAGCACGAUGGCUGGGACGCCGAGCUGCGAGCAGGAAGCAACGUCCAUUUUAGCACCAAGGUAAGAAAUUGCAGUUGAUAUAUUUAUAUUCUUAGUGUUCGUCGUCCUUCGUCGUCGUCCAUUCGUGCACUUUAAUAGCAUGAUGAGCAACAGCAACAGGAACAGCAUGAGCAGCAUUUCCUACCUUCAUCAAUUUUAUGCUGCAGAAAAACUAAGAGAAGUCCCAGACUCAAGUCCUUCAACUCCAUCUUGUUUUUUUGCCGAAGCCCUCUGCAUCGAACAACUUCCCUUACACUCUCAACCAGGUCAAAGUCUUCCAUGGGAUACUAUUCGGAGUUGGGGCGGGAGUUGCUCGCUCCACAAGAAGUGCAAACAGAAUUUCCACACGUGUAUGACUCCGAUAAGCCAUCACCCUACGUCGACUACUCGAAAAAAGCUGGACCUUUCAGGCAUCUAAAGGAAGCGCCAAAGAGUACUACAAUAGUUUUCACUUUGAAGAACAGAAGAUGGAAUAUAAUCUACUUAGAUACGAUCAAUCAGCAAGGUCAAGAUUAUUGUGAAGCUCAAGGAUUCAUUGCUCACUCGCUUGCAUCUCGUUGUAGCUGGUUUGGUCACAAGUAACUUUCCUCAACUACCUACAAGUAACUUGUUUCCUCAACUACUUACAAAUAACUUACUUUGACUUUUUUAUACGAGUAUAAAUAUCUUUGACUUACAAAGAAAUAUUAUCUAUAACACGUUGAAUUAGCAAUUUGAAAUGAGGUGCAAGCAUACAACAACAUCAACUACAGGUACAUCAGUCAGCCCGCAGACAGAAGACGAGGUAGCUCAGAUGAGGACGUCGGAUGAUAAAGUUAAGGCUACUGGCACUGAAGCAUCCUCAGCGCCAUGCAUCCUUGGCCUCCUUUUCAAGGGGAAAAGGGGCGCAAAGAAAAAGAUAUGCUCAGGGAUGCUUCGCGGUAGCUCUAAUGAAGACUCUGCUGGAACUUCAGCACCGACAACGCUUUUUCCGGAGUCGUCCUCGUCGGGCGUUGGUACACCUGAGCCGCAGUACAGUCGGAUUCUGGCGAUUUUGGAGCAUCUGUCCGAACUAAAUCUGCAUCUUUCCAAGAAGCGCGCUGUGUUGCUUAAGGAUAGUUUAUCACUAUCCCGUGUGGACUCCUUCUUGAUUUAAAGGGGAAUCUAAGGGGCAAAGAGGGCAACCCACUCGACUCGGAAUAGUGAAAGCCCGCCUUUAAGUUGCAGCGAGAAAAGACCCUUCUGGAAGAGAAGAAACAGGACGUUCAGCGCGUUGCGGCUGAGGCGGAGAGCAUGCUUGAUCUCGUCGCCGCAAAUACAGGUGCGUCGUCAAGCGAUGACGAGGAGUAUUUUUGAUCGCGAGAAGGCUGUUAGUGGUACUACUUGGAAGUAGUCUCACCCAGUCUAGGAUAUCGAUGUGUAUGCUCCCUAGCCCCUGCGAGUAGUACAUAUAAUACCACGAGAAGUGACGGAGAUACCAUUGGGAUCCAAUCUCAGGCAACCAAAAUUUGCGUUUCGGAUGCUUGAAGGCGUGCUUGACGUGUCACGCUUUAUAUGGUCCCGGUUUUCAAAUUCCUCAAGGCUUGGUAAUAUGUUUUUGAGAAGAACUUAGAUUGAUUCUAUGUUUUACAUUGAUGAAUUGGCAUUGAAGGCACCUAGAUCUAAAACUAAAAGUUAAUGUUAAGGAUGUUGUGGUAUCCUCUCAUCGAAGAUGUAGACAAUUCUGUGCCAACAGUGGGAUCGGAUGCCAACAAGGUGGCGUUCUUGUAUUGUAAGAAAUUUGUUGGGUGGGAGAGAACAAGAAUAUGUCUACAAAAAUUACACUAGUUCGUUCAAUUCAUUGUGGAGGUGGACAUACAAGAAAAGUUAUGAGGGAGAGUACUCGAAUAUGAUGUUUGGUUGGUGGUGCUGGUGGUCCAGGAUUGAUUUACAUUCAUAAAUUAGUUUAUGGGCGGGCGCGCGGGAGCUGCUUUAUUCUGCGAACAAAGUAUUUUUGUAAAAGUGCUUGAGCUUCUUGUUUCGUCAAGUUCUAUUGUGAUGAUAGAAGUUCAACUUCAUCAAGGACCAAGAAUAUAUAAGAAACUGGAGGGGACGCGUUGCUGUCUUAUCCUCGUGUCAAAUAUCAUGACCAGCUUUGAUAAUCCAAUUUCAUCACAUGAAGGGGCAAAGAAACCCAUUAUGGCAUAGCAGACGAAGGUAACAUCGAUCUUCCUUAUUCACCUAAACCCUCACCUGACGUUACCACCUUCGAGUUCGGAUCUCGAACCCGCCUAUCCAGGAGUGCUACGAAUAAGGCGAUAGUGUGCAACUCGCGGCUUUAAGUGACUGCUAUACCACUUUCUCUUUCUGUGAUCGUCCGUUAGAACAAGCCCUUGUGGGUCAGCCGGCCUGUCUGUAAUAGAGAAAUGAUUUACCAUCGGUGUCCACCGGUGUUGGCAUAUUCCUUUGUAUUUGUUGGAACACCCGAACACGUCCAAGCACAAUAUGAGGCUCUUGAGAGUAAAUGGAAUGAUUAUCGUUGCAAUGUAACAGAAAGACGAUCAGAACGGACGUGCCGAAUGAUCACUGACUGUUUAAGGCCCUGAAAUGGUAUCAAAAUGGGUUCAAUGUCAUUGGGAUAUCAUGAAGGGUCAUAGUGCAGUUAAAGAUCUGGGAGAUCUUGCUGCUAAUUCAUGUUGGAAUUCAUUGAGUUCAAACGAUGAUCAUAGGAGGAACUAACAAGAGUUCAAGACAAGGAACGGCAUUGAUCAUGAUCAAGGUGACGAGUGAGAGCAGUCAUUUGACAUUGAAAUCAGGUUCGUUCGUUGGAUCUUGAGCCAGUAAUGACCAUUGACCAACACCCCUCCUCAAUCGCUAGGUGAGGAAAUGACGAAAGUCACAAACGGUCUGGUGUUACCUGCUCUGACCCAGAACCAUCACGAUUCUCUAUAUCCACUGACGUCACCACUUGACCAACGACCUAACACCCUAAGAAGAUAGAAUAGGUAAGCACCGCCACGGAAGCAGAACUUGAACCAGACUCAUCAUCUUCCGUUUCCGAGUCACUAUCAUCUUCAUCAUGGUUACGGCUAAUGACUGGAUUCUCUAUGUGAUGUAAUAAUAAUCUGCGUUGAGUAGAUGAGCAUGAAAGUUUCGUUAGUCCAUCAGCUUUCAUGAGGUGAGUAGGACAGAAAACUACUUUCUCAGCUGCGUCUCUAACUCGUAAAUAACGUAACGCAUAGUGUCUACUCUUAGGCUUCGUGUCUUCACUCUUUGCUGUCGAGAUUGCAGACUGGUUGUCUAUCCACAAUAUGGCAUCAUCGAGGGAUGGCGAUAUACCAAACCGCGUUUCCACUAAUUGAGUGGGUAAGGGAUUGAAGAAAUCUGUAAAAUCAUGCAGCUCGCUCAUGACAAUAGUGUCCGACGCGGCUAUAUACUCUGACUCUGCAGUUGAAUAUGCACGCACGGUUUGUGUAUUGCGUUUCCAACAGAUUGGAAAGCCCCGAUAGUACAUAAUCGAACCACUGGUCGAGCGCAUGCUCUUUAUGCAGUUUGCGAAUCCUGCAUCUGAGAACCAGUUAGUAUACGGUAGCUCUCUUCCUUCUGGUAGGAGCUUCUUGUAAAUUCCGUUGAAUUCUUCCUCACUUUCUGGAGAAUAAUAGAGUCCUUGGUCUUUUGUCGUAGCUAGAUACUUUAAUACUUUUCUACAGGCUUUUGCAAUUCUUUCUGUAACGGGCUUACUGACAUACCGAGCCAAUGUCGCCACAGGGACGCAAAUAUCUGGCCUUGCGGUUGUCGAUAUCCAAAGCAGUGCGCCAACAAUCUCACGCAAUGGAAACCCGGCUGCUAGCUUAAGCCCCUCCUCAAGCAAAGCAGACUCGUCGAAAUUUGGAGACCACACCGGCUUACCUAAUGUUAUUUUAUACUUCUGUAUAGUCUUCUCUAUGUACACAUUCAUCAGGAUUUUCACUGAACGUGCUUCCCGACAAUAGUGCACAAUCGCACCAAGAAAGUCGAACUCUAGCCAUUCGAAACCCGUAAGAGAAUCGACUCGCUUUGCCAUCUCAAUAGGUCGGCCAGGGGCGCGACUAAAGAUCCGGUCGAGCUCAGACCGUAACUCGUGAUAGUCAGGUCCAGUAGCUAAGUUAUCAUCAACAUAGACUGACAUCUUCAUAUACUUUCCUGGGUGCGUUUUGCUCUUUUUCCGCCACAAUCCUGGAGCAGAAGGACACGGCUCCCAUCCGAGUUCGGACAAUAGCACGCAAUACUUCUUGAACCAGGCUCGUGGAGCGUCCUUGAGCCCAUAGAGAGCUUUCUUAAGCUUGACGAUAUCCGCUCCAUGCUUCUCCGCCCACACUGGUGGAAGACGGCAGAAGACGUCACGAUCGAGUUCAGCAUUAAGGAACGCAGAAUCAAGGUCGAAUGGGAUGACGAAGUCAGAGUCCGUCGCUGCUGAAACGAGUAAAAGUCUAUUCGCAGCAUGUGACACUACAGGGGCGUAGGUGUCGAUAUUCCCCGAACGAUCAAGAUUCCCGAGCACACAAGCACGAGCUUUGAAAGUUCCAUCACGUUUUACCGUGAGAACGAUUGCUAUAGGCAUUACCUGAGAAGAGGUUCGCAGCUCCUCGUCAGUAGCUGGCGCCCAAGUCUCAAAGGCAAGUAGUCUAGCUUCCUCCUUGGUGAUAGCUGCACGCCAUUUCUCGGCGUCAGGGCUUUUCAAGGCUUGGGAAACUGACAGCAUGACAUGUGCUUCGAGAAAGGUCUCCCCUUCUUCCAGCUCAUGCCCGCCUGCUAGCAUGGCAAAUUUAUGCAUGUCUUUUCUUAAUGCUUCUAGCUCGGCUUUUGUUCUUCUUUUGCGUUGUCCUGGAUUCUUAUCCUUGCUCCCUUUAGGUCUUCCUCGGCCUUUCUUCCCCUCCUCAACUUUGCCUGGUUGAGAUGGUGGAAUGGGUAAGGUCCUCGGAUCCCUUGCUUCAGGAUUAGAGUCAGGCGACACACGCUCCGAUGAGAUAUUCCCCUCCUCAACGCGUUGCGCGUCAGAGUUGGAAUCAUCACCGGUCUUUGGAUCUUCCUCUUUGUCCAAAGAUUCACAGAAAAACUCACCAAUGUCAUUGUUAUCUAGUAUCAUUUCCAUGCCGGUUGGAUCGCCUGAGCUGUACUCCGUGCCAGAGAAGCGCGGCUGACAGGCCAUACGUUGCAGCGCAUGUCUGUGCAGGACGGGACCCAGCGACGGCGUGCCAGACUGCAGGUUUUCCAGCGGGUCAUAAUCAACAUAAAUGCCCUUCGACGUAGGCAAUAGCCAAUCAAUGUUCUUGACUAAUAUCGACUCUCGAAAUUUUACGUCUAGUGUGGAAUACUCACUCCACUUGAAGCCAGCUUUCGUUCUCCCAUCGUUGUGAUAUGUACCUACUAGCCAACCAGACGAAACUGGACACAGACCGAGAAACACACCACGCCGAUAAGGUGACGCAAGCUUUGCUUCUUUCUUGUUGGUGGUGUCUACGACCUGUUCACGAAAGUACACCAAGCAACCAAAUCUUCUUAACAUACCUAGACCACUUUUCGAGGACUUCUUUCCUAUCCUCUUUUCUAGUAUCUCGACAGGACUCAUUCCAUCACGUUCUGGCAUUUUUGCAUAACGAUGCGGUAAGCGAUUCCAACAAUCUCCGGCAUACUGUAAGCAGUAACACCAAAGACGUCGGUCGACUUUGACCAACAUGGUACGUACAGCACCGAAAAUGGUCCGCAUGAAACGUUCGCAAGUUCCGUUCAUUUCUGGGUUGUAAGGAACUCCAGGAAUUUCCGAAACCAGUAGCGAUUGCAUGACUUUGGUCAUAUGGUCACUACUUAGGACGGGUUCGUUAUCUCUACGGAUGAACCACACCACCUUGUCGUCGAGUGACAAUGAGUAGUCCUGGCGAAUGCCUUUUAUUACUUCUUCAAUCACCUCUACGCAGUCCGACUUGAGGCAAAGAGGACGAACGAAACACAUUUUAAUCGAAUCACAAAUAAUGACUAAAGCACAUCUUUUGCUUCUUAUAGAUACUGGUCUAAUACCAACUGCGAAAUCAAUUGCAAGUGUUUUCAAUGGAGAAGGUAUAUGUCCAGGGGGUCUCACUUUUGCAUGAGAGCGUCUUUGACCUUUGGUUCGAUCACAUUCUGGACAAGAUACACUAAGGCCAUCAACGUGAAAGUGACCAAGUCUACGAUGUAUGUCUAAUCUUGAAGCUUGUGAAUGAAGUCUAGCUUCUUCUAUACUAGUGCAUACUAUAUCCUCCUCAGUUUCAUUUUCUUCUUUGCUAAACAUGUCACAGCCUAGAAUAGGUAACUGCAUCUGGGGGCAAUUUGUUAUGGGUAGAGAGCGGCCGGAGCGAGUAUUGUACAACGUUCCGCCACUUUCUGUGAAAUUCAUUUGCCAACCCUUUUCAUGACAGUUUCCUUCACCUAACCACGGUAUAAUGCGAUCUAUGGCUUUUGGUAAGUGUUCAAAGUGUACGCCAUAUUUUAAUCCUAGUUUGUUUUCUUUUAGUCUACCUAGGUUCCCACUUCGCUUUCCAGCAGUGCCACUAAUAUGACAAAGCCGGUGGCUAAUUUUCUUGAAAUCGGAACGAUGGCUAGACAAAUACUUAUUUGCACAACUGUCAACAAGUGAAACUGUUUUGCUUUGAUUUGCACUAAGAUAGCAACCUGAGUGAUUGUCAAUCAUAUAGCUUUCAUCCCUAAGCAGUUCACUUCUAUAUUCUUUAUUCUCAAAGUUUUCUUCCAAGUUCAGCGAACAUUUUCCAUCCUCAUUUUGGAAAUCUUCUUCCAAUUCUUCUUCAUCUUGGGACUGUCCAUCUCGUCUCCCAUAUCCAUUCCAUUCCGGAUUGGUUUCGACUCAGCGUUGUGGUUGUUGUCCACCCCAUUGCUGCUGUGGGUUACCGUUGUCGAAUCCUUUUCCUCCACUUUGUUGCGGUGGAUAGUUGUUCUGGUGCCACGGAGGGAUAGUGUUACCUUGCGGCCAACAGUUGUAUGAAUUGUUGAAGAAGUUGCUGCCCAUGGCUUUGUUAGGUUGGUAGCUUUGACUCAUCGGGUUUAGCCAGCAUUUGUGCGCCUUAUGUCCAUAUUUGUGACAAUAGUUGCACUGGAUGCCCUCAUUAGGAUUUGAGUUCUUAGCACCUUUACCUUUGCCAUUUCCUUUGUUCUUCUUACUACUAGAACUACUACUACUACUCUUUCCACUUCCUUUUGUUGCGUAGACCUCGUUCUUGAUUUCUUUGCGAAUCUUCUUGCGAAGUCGUUUGAUCGUUGUUUUCUUGAGAGCGGCAAACGCGUUACCAUCGUCAUCACUCUCAUCUUGACGUUUACGCUUCUUGGUUUUGUUAUUGUUCUGGUUUUCAUCAUCGGAAUCUUCGACAGCUGGAAAAGCUUUGCCGAAAGAUGGAUUCUCGAUCUUGUACUCACCAGAGUCAAUCAAACUUUGAAGCCGUUUCGUGAGUCUGUCACCGAUUUGGACGAACGUUAGAUGUUCAUCUUCUUGCAUCCUCUCGAUUGUCUGUCGAAAUGCUUUGGAAAACAUUUUUGGCAGAAUGUCGAGGAUUGCUCCGUUUUGUUGAUCAGCAACAGCCACACCAACUUCCGGCGGGUAUACGGUCGGAGAUUGGUUCAUGACAUCUCUAACCUUCGCCAAGAAUGUUGGAACGUCUGGAGGAGAAUCACUGUUCGUGAAAUGCAUCCCUUCCAACGCUUUAGCAGAGAUUCGCUGCUCUGUGCGGUCAUUUUGACUGAAACCAGCGUCACGGAGGUUUGUUACCACUUCACCAGCGUUCAUUACAGUGGUAUCCUGAUCCUUCAUAUGUGCUGCGGCUGCACCUUUGAGCGACUUGAUGAUCACGUUCUUCAAAUCUCGCCAAUUCUGCUGGAGCUUGCGGUCGUUGUUGUUGGGUUGGUUCGGAAUCCCUGCCGCAUUGCCGUUCAGCACGUUGUUGAAGUAUUGGACUAGGUCCAGGCGGUCCGCUUCUUGCGUUACCGCUCGAAGCCAGUCACGCCAGUCAGAUUUCUGUCCCAGUUUGGGUGAAAUCUCUCCAAGACUCAUAUCGGGCAUUUUGUGGCGCAAAUAAUGCGACUUUGUUUUCUCUACUUCUACAAAGUAUUGACUAGCAAUUUCUUUAAUAAGGUAAGGCUCAAGGGCUUGAAACAGUGUUGGAACACCCGAACACGUCCAAGCGCAAUAUGAGGCUCUUGAGAGUAAAUGGAAUGAUUAUCGUUGCAAUGUAACAGAAAGACGAUCAGAACGGACGUGCCGAAUGAUCACUGACUGUUUAAGGCCCUGAAAUGGUAUCAAAAUGGGUUCAAUGUCAUUGGGAUAUCAUGAAGGGUCAUAGUGCAGUUAAAGAUCUGGGAGAUCUUGCUGCUAAUUCAUGUUGGAAUUCAUUGAGUUCAAACGAUGAUCAUAGGAGGAACUAACAAGAGUUCAAGACAAGGAACGGCAUUGAUCAUGAUCAAGGUGACGAGUGAGAGCAGUCAUUUGACAUUGAAAUCAGGUUCAUUCGUUGGAUCUUGAGCCAGUAAUGACCAUUGACCAACAGUAUUCAUCCCACCGCAAGGCAGGACCCUAAUUUUAAGUUCGAUCGGUACAAGAGGAAGAGCAGAAUCUGUAUUGCUGCCACCUGUGCGUAGUUCUAUAAUGCGUAUCGCUGUAGAAGUCGGUAUGCAUGUCUGCCUCAGACGUGACGUACGAGUCCAGCGAACGAUUCCGGAGUCUGCUAAGACGCAGCAUUCU